CAAACUGCAACUGUUUUAUACUAGUUCGCACUUGGCAGGUGGCAGCAGCAAUCCUCUCUUGCUAGCCAUCUCUUGCAACCGGCACUUCCCCCCUGCGAGUCCACGAGAUCUGCUAUCGCAUCAUCAGGUGCGCAAAGCAGACUAACUAGCAGCCACACUGAGAAAGAGUGCACAAGAUGUCUGAAGCGAUAGCCCUUGCGAUGUCAAAGAUUGAAACCUGUGUAGAGACUGGAGCUUCAUUCAACAACGCAAUGUCCAAGCUAUCUAAAAAGGAUAAGGUUGUGAAGGAAUUGCUGGAAAAGAUCAAACAAAUACAGGAGCAAUUGGAUAUCACCAAUGAUUUCAUCCAAAAUCACAUAGGCACAGCCAACCUUGGUGACCCAUUAGAUGAGAGUUGGAUUGCCACAGUGAGGAGGCUGGCCUUCAUUGUUGAGGAUGUAAUGGAGAAGUACUUGUAUUAUGCUCAUCAACUGCAGGAAGAGGGGUCACAGAAGCACCCUGUCAAAAGGUCAAGCUAUGUCGAUGUUUUCAAAAAAGUUGGUCAGUUGAUGGACAAGAUAAAUAAUCGCAUUGGGCACCUUUUAAGCAUCAGAGAGCAGAGUAAGCUUGCACCGCAGCUUGUUCCUCACUCACCAUACCCCGAUUCAGAGGGCCAACCGGAGCUCAUUGGUACCAAUGGCCCAAUUAAUGUACUACUGAAAUUUCUGAAGCAUGGUGAGGACGGAGCUGUGCUGCAACUCAAGGUUCUAUCUAUGCUUGGAAUUGGUGGAAUUGGUAAAACCGCACUUGCAUCCAAGGUGUAUCGAAUGCUUCGAGAAGAAUUUCAGAGCCAUGCUUUUGUGACAGUGUCCAAGAUGCCUGAUAUGACAAGGGUCUUAUUUGAUAUAUUGGACCAAAUUGGCCUGCGGAAGUAUCCAGCUAGUUUGAACGAGAAUCAAGUCAUUACUCAAAUUGGACAAGACCUAAAGGAUAAGAGCUAUCUCAUUGUAAUUGAUGAUUUAUGGGAUAUGCAACAUUGGAAGACUAUCAAGGAUGCCUUGCCUGAUGUCAAUUGUGGUAGCAGAUUGAUAGUUAUAACUCGUCUAAACAACAUAGCCAAAACAUGUAGCUCUGGCCAGAAUAAUUUGACGUAUAAGGUCAUGCCUCUUGCUCACCAUGACUCCAGAACAUUGUUUCUCAAGGAAAUUUUGGGCCAUGAGGGCAGUUGCUUGGAUGCACCAGUUUUUGAUGAAAUUUUGAAAAUGUUUGGUGGUAUGCCUUCAGCACUAAAAUGUAUUGGCUCAUUUCUGCGCAACAAAUCAGUCACAACUGAGUCUCAGAAGAUCAAUAUGAGUUCUUUGUAUUCUGAACUUGAGAAUUUUCCUAGCUGGAAGAAAUUGAAAAUUGCUCUUUUCCUCAGUUGCUGUGGUCCUUCCCAAACUCUGGAGGCUUGCUCGUUGUACUUAAGUACAUUACCAGACAAUCAUAAGAUCGAGAGAGAUAUUUUGACUAGGAAAUGGAUUUCUGAAGGAAUUAUCCUUAAAGAUGAUGAGCUUAGUAUUAACGGAGUGGUGAAUAAUUGCUUUGAGGAACUAAUCAAUAGGAAUGUGAUUCAGCAAGUGGACAAUAGUUUUGGGGAGUAAACCUAUGAAAUCCAAUUUCUGAUGCACCACAUUCUUAGGCAGAUAGCACGAGAAAGGAAUUUUGCUACCUUCCUAUCGGAAAAUAUUUUGAUAUCAUGCAAGGAGCCUAUCCAUCGCCUCUCAUUUCACUGUUCUAAGUUAAGAAUUUCGAUUGAUAAAGGUGAUAUUCAGAUUAUUUCGGAUUCAGGAGAUUCAAAUCAAAAACCUAAGAGUCUAUCGCUUGCUCGCUCCAUAACUCUAUGUGGUUAUGCAAAGCCAGUUUCUUUUAAGCUUUUGGAGCACCUGCACGUGUUAGAUCUGGAAGGUUGCUGGAAUGUGGACAACUCUACUUUGGAUGAUAUAUGCCGCAUGAUCCUGCUGCAGUACUUAAGUCUCAAGAAAACACGAAUAACUGUGCUACCUCCACAGAUUGAGAAUCUAAGAUGUCUCAAGACACUGGCUGUAACCCAAACUGGAAUCGCAGAACUCCCACUGCAAAUUGGGAAGUUGCCUGAUUUGGAGACUCUGGAUGUAAGGCAUACACAGGUCAAAGAGAUACCGAAGGAACUUGUUCAACUUCCUAAAUUGGUGUGUUUGCUUUUUGGUCAAAGUGGUUUUCACGGUGGAGUUAAGUUCCCUGUGGGAGGUAAUCCUUCAAAGUCACUAAAGGUGCUGGGUUCCAUCGAUUCAACACAAUGCUCAGCAAGUUUCAUGGGGGAGCUUAGUAGUUUGACAGGGCUGACGAAGCUUUCAGUAGUGUGCUAUGACGGGACCAAGGACAUGGAGUGGAAUCUUCGUAUGAUGAAUUCUAUGUUCAAAUUUAGCAAUCUUGAAUCCCUGACAAUUUAUGGUGAUUUCAUUUUGGGCAACGAAGUUCCUGCACUCCAGAAUCCUCCUAAACUUCAGAAGUUGAAGUUGGCCGGAAGAUGUUUGAGUGUUCCUGGUUGGAUUGAUAAAUUCAGCGAUGUUACCCUUCUAGAUAUCAGGGUUUGCAGCCUAGAAGAGAGUGAUAUGAAGAUACUUUGCAAGAUGAGCUCCCUGCAGAGACUUGUGUUAACACAGGUUCACAUGCCAAUAAAACAACUAGAAAUCACAAAGGAAGCAAGUUUCAGCAAACUAAAUGGUUUCACAUUUGAUUGCCGUGUGCCUUGGGUAACCUUUAAAGAAGAAGCUAUGCCAAGUCUGCAAUACCUCGAACUGAAGCUUUAUGCUGGCCCAGCGGGUAAAAUUCCUUCAGGUAUUACAUGCCUACCAUGUCUCACAAAGGUUAUCCUCCGGUACUUGGUACAUUACCAAAGCAGUGCUAGUGUACAGGAUACAAUUUCUAAAAUGAGAAAAGAAAGCAGUGAGCAUCCCAAUAUGAUCGUGCUUUCUCAAAAUGGUGAGCAUGAGAUUUUCCCACAAAAUGCUGUUUCUCGAAAUGGCGAACUCGAGAUUGUCCCGGUCAAUGCUGUUGAUGGCAUGCAUCAGGAUUAGCACAGGCAAAAAUUGAAGAACAAUAUUGUCAUUGUUAACGCCCUAUCUGACUGCAUUCUACUGCCGUUGUUCUCUGCAGGUGGGUUAUAAGGACUGGUAUAUUAACUUGCAUCGUACAAACGGCAAAUUAAUCCUCAUUCUCGUGCCAGACAUAGUUGUGGAGCAGACGGGCAAAUCAGAUCCUAUUGGAAUUACAAUCCUUCUAUGACUCAAGCCAACCAAAUCAAUCAAGAUAGAAGCCAAAUUAAGUUGAAAAAUAUUUGCUAGGGAUUGCAAUUCGCAGCAGUGAGGAGCGCAAGUAACAAUCAGGUAGUACUUUGAUAAUUUGGUUUCUCUAAAGUUCCGCAUGUAUUAGUAUGUAUUGAAUUGGAAUUAAUGUGUCCCUGUUCACAUUGAUAUCUAAUAUAUCACGAUUUCUCAAUGAUUGAAUCACAAUAAAUUAUAUAUAUCUUUUGUUCGAAGA